AUCCAACAAGUUAUAAAUACCUGUUGGGAAACCUCAUUGGAAACACCAAGAUAACCAAUACAAUCGUUCUCAAGAUGUCUAUGACCGUAUCUGAUUGCACGCAAGUCCGGGCGGGAUUUCCCCGUCCUUUCCCGGACACACCCUCCAAUGUGUUGGAACAAUUCAAGAUGUCGGGCAAGGUGGCGGUUGUGACCGGGGCGGCGGAUGGCAUUGGCCAUGCUGUUUCAGAGGCUCUGGCAGAGGCUGGUGCUAAUGUGGCUAUGUGGUAUAACUCAAAUGAUGUCGCCAUCCAAAAGGCCGAACUGCUGGCCCAGGCCCACAGUAUCAAGGCCGUGCCAUAUAAAGUUGACAUCUCCGACUCUGAGCAAGUGAAGAAAGCCAUUGAAGACGUCGUUCGCGAUUUCGGACGGAUCGACGUCCUCAUCGCCAACGCAGGAAUGGCAAUUUCCAAACCAAUCCUAGAGCAAAAGCUAGAAGAAUACCAGAAACAGAUGUCCGUCAACGUCGACGGCGUCGUCUUCUGUGCCAAAUACGCCGGCGAGGUCUUCAAGCGUCAAGGCAGCGGAAACCUCAUCAUCACAUCCAGUAUGAGUGCACACAUUGUCAACGUUCCCACCGAUCAACCAGUGUACAAUGCAACCAAGGCUUUCGUGACCCAUUUUGGAAAGUCGCUGGCUCGUGAGUGGCGGGAAUUUGCUCGAGUCAAUAUUGUCUCCCCGGGGUUCUUUGAUACUAAGAUGGGUGCGAGCCCGCUGGCGGUGAAUGAGGCCUAUCGGAUGGCGGCGCUUGGGCGCCAGGGUCAUACUAAGGAGAUCAAGGGGCUGUAUCUGUACCUUGCUAGUGAUGCUUCCACUUAUACGACGGGAAGUGAUGUGAUUAUUGAUGGGGGGUAUACUCUUCCUUGA